AAACACCUCGACUCUCACCAGAGCGUUUCUACCAUCACACACAUCUGACCUCCUGAAUGAGCCGAGAACAUCCAUCUCCUCUCUCUCUCUCUCUCUCUCUCUCUCUCUCUCUCGCCCCAGGACUUCCUCCCUCCCUCCCUUGCCCUCCAUCACUCCUCAACUUCUUCACCUGACACCGGGGCUCAGUUGGGAGGAGAUUUUUUUUUUGUUUCUUUGGCCCUUUUUUUUGGCAGCUGAGACGAUCGGGGACAGUUGGACAUGAGGAGACACUGUGGACACAGAGGCAUGAGGAGCACAUGUGUAUGUGACGCCACCCUCCUCGUCCUCCUGCUGCUGCUGUCAAUCAUCUCUCUGGUCACCUGUGCUGUUUCUCCAAGUUCAGGAAGUUCGGACUUAAGAGAGAGCUCAAAACCCAAAGUGAAGACGUACUGGACCGAAAGCAGCAAGGCGUUCUCCAUCAGCCGCCUGCUCUCACAGUCGCUCGGCGACAAAGACAACUUCACCUCGCUGGAUCUGAGCUACGAAGACGCAGACGCCUUCUCCAAACAGGAGCAGUGGAACUGGCUUCACACCGCCUCCAACCACCGCGACCCUCGAUCCAGGACCAAGCGGAGGCCGAUCGUCAAGACCGGCAAGUUCAAGAAGAUGUUCGGCUGGGGCGACUUUCACUCCAACAUCAAGACGGUGAAGCUCAACCUGCUCAUCACCGGUAAAAUCGUGGAUCACGGCAACGGCACGUUCAGCGUCUACUUCCGCCACAACUCAACGGGUCAGGGCAACGUUUCUGUGGGACUUGUUCCUCCGACAAAGGCUGUGGAGUUCCAGGUUCACCAGCAGCACCAUCAGUACCGGCAGCAGCAGCAGCAGCAGCAGACGGCGCUGGAGACCAAGGAUACCAAGCUCUUCAACUGCAGGGUGGAGUACGAGAAGGUGGAGAAAGGCACCAGGAACUCGCUGUGCGCCCACGACCCGUCGCAGAGUUGCCCGCAGGAGCAGACGCAGAGCCACGUGUCCUGGCUCUGCUCCAAACCCUUCAAGGUCAUCUGCAUCUUCAUCACCUUCUACAGCACCGACUACAAGCUGGUGCAGAAGGUGUGUCCAGACUACAACUACCACAGCGACACCCCCUACCUGCCCACCGGGUGAUCGUAGCGCCUCCAAACACAGAGACAGAAAGACAGGCUGUCGGUUCCUGAGCAAUGUCAGAAUAUCUGAAAGGAAAACGAAGUCGAGACUCUUCAAAACCUGAGAAGUUGACAGGUUUUAUUACAGCUAACACAUCCUGACAUUGCUCCGAUGAGCAGCUCUGCCCUCGGGUCAUUGUGAGAGCAUUUAGGGAGGCGGUUAUCGCCUCGCAAAACACUCAUACUAUAUGCAUAGCUGCUUACACGGAAAAAGGGGAAAAUUCUCAAGCCAACCAUGAAAAUACGCUGAUUGUAUUUAUGUAAAUAUCGUGGAUUCCACACACACACAAAGGCCAGAAAACAAUUUUGUUUACGUUUUCCUCGCCGCUAUUUCCACCGUUUAUGUCGAGUCGUGUGUUCCCGUGUUCCCGUGUUCCCGUCUCCAUCAUGCUUCCCGUCUCUGGUGAUCACCGCCAACGCGUAAAUGUCAACGCAAAGAAGAAGAAGAACAGUCAGUUUGCAUUAGAGGGAAAACGCUAACAUAUUUUUUGAGUGGUGUUGUUUUCUGUCGUCGUCGUCGUCGAACCCUCGUCCACGUCCGUGCAUGAACUCAGUCUGUCCAUCUAUACUUUCAUGUUAUUGCAGCUGUCAUGAAUAAUCUUCAUCACGUUUUACAGGAGGGGCAAAAAAAAGAGGUUUAAGGUUUAAAUUCUGUGUCGUGUGAUUGCAGUUUGAAGGCGACGCGAGGAAACGGUGCAAUAACAGUGACAGAAGAUGCAAAAGAUGCAAAAGAUGAAUGAAACUGCUCUAAUUCGGCUUUUCUCUCACUCCUGUGUUUCCAUUUUAGACAUUUUGACAAAAGCUCAUAUGAUAGUUUAGCAGGAGCAAAUUUUAGGGACAAGCCAAUCUGGAAUUGGUCCAACACUGGUCCUAAUCCCCUGGAUUGGACACCAGGAAAAAAAAAAGGAAAAAAGAAAAGAAAAAGUCAUGUCUGAUGUGAACUGAUGUAAACACUAAUAAAUAUCACGUAAAACGCUUCAAUAUGCACAGACUGUAAAGAAGAGCGACGUCAUGUGACCAAGAUAAAAGAAGAAAAAAUGCAAAUCAAGCAAAGUGUGAUUUUGUUUAUUAAAAAAGAUGAAAUAAUAACAAGCAGCAGCUUUUUAAUUGAGUCAUUUUGUCGUUUAUUUAUUUAUUUCAGUGUUUCUGUGCAUUUUCCAGCUUCUUAAAUGUGAACAUGUUCGGGUUUUAAGAACAAAGAUAAACAAGAUAAACAAGAUAUAAAUAAUAAUUCACUAAUAACUGUAAAGUCUCAAGGUUGAGAUAAAACAAUCACCACUAAAAUCUUUCAUUCCAAGUGAAUGUUUGUGUUAAAGGUGAAUGGAUUCUCCAGAGGUCGCAAAGGUCACAGCGACCUUGACCACUGAACACUGAACAGCAAGAGUCCGGGCGAACGUUUGAGCCAAACUUCAAUCACUGUCUCCAGAAUGUGAGGUCACAGCGACCUUGACCAUUCUAAUGUAAAAAAGUGAACGUACGAGUGAACCAGUGAACGUACGAGUGAACAAGUGAACGUACGAGAGAACAAGUGAACGUACGAGUGAACAAGUGAACGUACGAGUGAACGUACGAGUGAACGAGUGAACGUACGAGUGAA